ACCACCCGAGCAGCGAGCAGCGGUCACACAUGCACCUGAACCUGAACGUCAACACGUUGUGUGUUUGGUUAGGUGUUUCAUGAAUUUGAGAAACGCGUUGUUACAUUUGCUUUUUAAUUUGUCGAUAACAUUCUAUCGGCGUCAUGGGUAAAGUUAAAAAGGGCCCGAAAAAGGGUCUUUCAGAUGCAGGAAAAAAGAAAGCUCCUGCGAAAGCUUUAAAUCCAUUCGAGGUUCAUGUGAAUCGACAAAAGUUUCAAGUUCUAGGCAGAAAGACAAAAACUGACCGUGGUUUGCCUGGCGUAGCGCGAUCUAGAGCACUGAAAAAGAGAAAAGCCACUCUUCUUCAAGAGUACAAACUAAAAGACAAAACAAAUAAAUUCAUGGACCGUCGUAUUGGAGAAAGGAAUUCAGCUAUGACAGCGGAAGAUAAAAUGACCGCAAGAUUUACUGCUGAGAGAAUGAGAGCUCAGACCAGGAAAGCUAUGUUCAACUUAGCAGAUGAGGAAGUGUUGACUCACCGUGGUCAAACUCUCAAUGAAAUUGAGAAAUUUGAUGAUCCUAGAAGUGACGAUGACGAUGAUGAUGGAGAAGACAACCCUUUUCGAUCAAAAGGAAACUUGGAUGCUGAUUUUGUUGGUGAUGCUCAUUUUGGCGGUGGUCUUUUAUCUCGCUCUAAUGAAGAUGGUACCAGGAGUCGGAAAGAUUUGAUUGACCAACUAAUAGCUGAGUCCAAGAAAAGGAAAGCAGAGCAACAAAAGCUGAGAGAGCAGACCCUGGACCUUACAGAGAAACUAGACACAGAUUGGAAAGAUCUUUUACCAGUAAUAAACAGUGCUCCAAAAGCAUCUGAAGUUGAGAAACCAAAACCCGAUUCAUUUGAUGUUCUCAUGAGAGAACUCAAAUUUGAAGCACGUGGAAAGCCAUCAGAUAAAUUAAAAUCUGAAGAUGAAGUUGCUCGUGAAGAAAAGGAGAAGUUAGAAGAGCUGGAAGCCGCCAGAUUACGCCGAAUGCAGGGUAUUACUGAAUCAUCCUCUGAUGCAGCAUCCAAGCACCGUAGUGCAGACGACCUUGACGAUGGUUUUGCUAUGGAUACUGAUCAAGAUGACAGCGAAAAUGAUGAGUCUGAAAACAAUGGUGGGAUGGAUAUUGAUGAUAAAGAUGAUGAAGGAAGUGAGGACGAAGAGGAGGAAGAUGACGACGACGGCAACGACGAUGGCGACGACGGUGUUGGAAACAAUGGGAGUGAAGAGGAGAAUGUUGGAGAAGAGAGCAGUGAAAGUGAAGAUGAUGAUAUUGAUGACCUACGAUAUGAUUCCAGUGAUAAUGAAAACAAUACUGACAAUGAGGAAUUUGGCAGCAAGAAAACUAAAAAAGAAAUGAUUAAAAGUACUGCGCCAGAAUCUUUUAAACAGCAACCUAGAUCCAAAACAGGUAAUGUUGAGAAUGUGAGUAGUAGUAGUAGUACUCCUCACACUGAUAAGGCUGAAGCCAUUAGAGAAGAUCUUAGAAAAAGAAAGGAAUUGAUGGAUGCAGCACGCAAGGAGUUACCUUACACAUUUGAGGUACCAAGUACAUAUGAAGAGUUGCAGAUUGUUCUGGCAGGCCGUUCACCUGAAUAUCAGGGUGUUAUAGUUGAGCGGAUGAUAAAGUGCACACACCCCAGCCUUGCAAGUGGGAACAAAGAAAAGCUGGCUCACCUGUUUACUCUCUUAAUGCAGCACUUGCACGAUGCUGGCACAGCUGAAGAACAUGAAAAUGUUUGCUGGGCUGUUUUAGAUAGAUUAGUUCCAUCUCUUUUUGACAUUGUACAGUGGUGUCCAGAUGAUACUACCCAAUGUAUAAGACAUGUAAUACAAGAGAAACAUCAGGAGUAUAGCAAAAGUAGAAAAAAGUUUCCUGGGGUAGAAACUCUUCUGUUUUUUAAACUGAUAUCCCUGCUAUUUCCAACAUCGGACUUCAGACAUCCUGUUGUAACUCCAGCCUUAGUAUUUAUGGGGCAAAUGUUGUCUGCAUGCCGAUUGGAAACACGCCAAGAUAUUGCCAAGGGAUUGCUUCUAGUGUCACUUUUACUUGAGUUUACAGUCCUCUCGAAACGAUUCUCACCAGAAUCAGUAAAUUUUCUCAGAAAUGUGUUGUAUCUGAGUUCGAAUCUAUCCAGUACCCAAAAGGUCACCUCUGCAGCUAAGCUUCCUGCUGUUCGGCCUAUUCCACCUGUCAAGGUUUUUGCUUUGCCAAAACUGUCAUUGAAACCGGAGUUUGAGGAUGACUCAUACAGGAGUCAUGAGCCAGAGGACCGAUUGAGUGCUCAAGACCUCAUAAGCCAAAAACCUGUAGAUAAUGAUUUUUGCAUGUCUGCAUUGUUUGUAUCAUUAAGGAUUUUAUCAUCCAUGGUCAAACAGCUCACAUCUCUACCUGCCUGUCGACAGAUAUUCUGUCAUUUCCCCCCAUUAUUAGAAAGCUUAUGUAUGGAGAACAGGCUUCCACAGAGAAUAAAAAAGGAACUCAAAGAUCUUCAGGAGCUGAUGAGCUCCAUCAAACAAACUACUCUAAACUACUUAGUGUCUGCUCCAAAGCGGCCCAAGCCUCUAAAACUUUAUGAGCCUAAUAUUCAGCAAGUGUAUACUGAUGGAAAACAACAUAGACCCAUUUCCAAGGAAAAGCAAGAAAGUGAAAAACUACUUCAUAGAUACAAACGGGAAAAGAAAGGGGCAUUACGAGAAAUUCGCAAAGACCGAGACUUCUUGGCGAAGAUUAGAAUCAAACAGCAACUUAAAAGUGAUGCUGAGCGGAAAGACAAGGUCAGAGAGAUAUUCGGCCAAGCAUCUAUGCAACAAGGGGAAAUGCGGAAGCUCUCCAAAGGAAAGAAGAAGAAGUGAUCCAUGUAUUACGAAACUACAAUGCCAUCUUAAUGAUUUGUUAUUCAUAGUUUUAAAAACUAGUAAAUCUUUAUUCAAUAAAUUUAAAUUUCACAUCAACUUA